ACCAUUUUGUCACAUUAAUAACUUUGUUUCAGGAUUUUUUACUAUUAAAUUGGUUUUAAUAUCUUACAAAAAUGUUAUCGUCUUACAGAAAUGCGAUUAAGUUAUUUAAAACUGUGGUAAGUUACAUAACGCCGAUGAGGAUGCCCGUAAGACAUUAUGAAAUUCCAAAGCACCUGCAGGAAGUGGGUUGCGAGCCCAACCCUGACUUCUUCAGGAUGGUGGAGUACUUCUACCACAACGCAGUGAAAGUAUGCGAGCCUUCGCUAGUCAAAUACCUGGCCAAGCACACACACUUGUCUGAGAAGAAGAGACAGCAAAGAGUGAGCGGAAUCCUUGCAGUGAUGGGCUCUUGCAACAGCUGCCUUCAGAUGGAAUUUCCCUUGCAGCGUAAGAAUGGCAGUUACGAUAUUAUACAGGCCUACCGUGUUCAACACAGUGUCCAUCGUCUGCCGUGCAAAGGAGGAAUCAGAUUCUCUGACGAGGUGAACUUGGAUGAGGUAAAGGCUCUCGCGUCCUUGAUGACUUUCAAGUGCGCAUGCUCAAACAUUCCAUUCGGAGGCUCCAAAGGAGGUGUGAGCAUCAACCCGAGAAAGUUUACGGUGGCAGAACUUCAACGUGUCACAAGACGUUACACAUUGGAACUUGCUAAAAAGAAUUACAUAGGUGCCGGCAUCGACGUGCCUGCUCCUGAUUAUAAUACUUCCGGCAGAGAAAUGUCUUGGGUAGUAGACACAUACAUCAAAACUUUAGGUUACUCGGAUUUGAACGCGGCCGCAUGUGUGACUGGCAAGCCAAUUAAUGGUGGAGGCAUCCACGGGCGCGUGGAAGCCACCGGACGCGGAGUGUACAUGACCAUCAACUACUUCAUCCACAAUGAACACUUCAUGAAACUGAUCGGAGUACAACCUGGAUUUAAGGGCAAAACAGCGAUCAUCCAGGGUUUCGGCAACGUGGGCAGUUGGGCAGCUGUAUACCUGUAUAAGAGUGGAGUAAAGAUCAUUGGCGUCUGUGAACAUACCGCCAACCUGACGUCCACUGAGGGCAUCAACCCUAUAGAUUUGAUGAAAUACAUGAGAGGGAACAAGAGAAGCGCUAAAGGGUAUUCGGUAGGGGGUGCCAAAGAGACAGGACCUGAUCUUUUGUAUCAGAAAUGUGACAUUCUUGUGGUUGCUGCGAAGGAGAAAACUGUCACAGCUGAAAAUGCACCUAAAAUUCAAACGAAGAUCAUGGCUGAAGGUGCGAACGGGCCGACAGUGCCGUCAGCGGCGGACGUGCUGCACCAGAAGAAGGUGCUGGUGAUACCGGACUUAUUGUGUAACGCCGGCGGUGUCACAGUGUCCUACUUUGAAUUCCUCAAGAAUCUUAACCACGUCAGUUUCGGCAAGCUGAGCAUAAAGUUCUGGAGAGACUCAAACACGGCGCUUCUAGAUUCGGUUGAGAAAUCUCUAAAGUCAGCCAGCGUAAAUGCAAAAGUGGCUCCGACGCCAGCAUUCGCAUCAAUGAUGUCUGGCGCUAGCGAGCAACACAUCGUGGGCACUGGCCUCGAGUACUCUAUGACUAAAGCUUGCGCGAACGUGGCGGCCGCAGCUAAAUCCUACAACCUUGGCAUAGACUUACGAACCGCGGCGUACAUUACGUCAAUAGAGAAGAUUUUCGCGACAUACGAUGAGCACGGCUUAGCUUUUUAACGAUAGUUAGUCGCCAUAUUUAUCAAAUAAAUACGGAUUAAAUAUAGUCCAGGGACGGCCACUAGGGCUACGGUAGUGGGUCGACUGGCUGGGGCUUGCGAUCUGGUAGCGUUAUAUUAGUGAGGAAAGGAAAGUGACCGGGGCGUGGACAUCAGACUAGCGGCGCGAGUCUUGAAUGUCCUAGUACACGAAGAAUGCGUGGCCAUAGAGGGUGAGUCCAACCUAGUAAUAUGUAUGUGCAUGAACAAUGCUCAAGUACAAUGUUUUUCCAGUUCAUUAACGCAUAAUAUAUGGCACAAGACUAGGAUAAACUAAGCAAGCCGGCCAGGCUGUUAAGCAGAGAUUGGAGACUCGCUGUGUUCUGUAUGUUCUCACCUUUACACCAAGUAAAUAUAAUUAUUGGUGGAACAGGAUUUGCCCCAUAAAAGUUUUCCCCCUGAAAUACUAUUUUUAACGACAUUACCUAGCUGCCACUUGACUGCGUACAUUUUGAACACUGAAGUCAACAUUAAAGCCAGGGAAAUGUAACAGUGGUUCCGUCUUUGUCUCUACUACACUAGGAAGCUUUUAAGCAUGCAACGUAGUAUAUUGCUUCCAGUGUCAUUUUUGAACUUACAUUGUACUAAGGUAGCUUAGUGAAAUUGGUGAUAUUUUCUUAUUUUCAUACUCAGCCAAUUUGAAAUAUUUAAAGUCUUACGUAAUAAUGGAUUACAUCGUUACAUGAUAUGGUACUUUAGUUUGUACAUGUGUGCAGUAAAAUAUAACAUUGCAUGCAUACAUGCCAAUACUUUGAACCUAAAACCAUGGAAUUUUGUACGAAAGUCUAAGAAAACGAUAACUGUAGGUUGCAAUGGGAUUUGUUGUGAUCCUGUGAUUAAACCUACUAAAUGGUUUCGCCUAUUGGCGCCUAUCUGACAUCAGGAUAUAUAAUUACCUCAGCCCUGAAGUACUCCCGAGCACUCCUCACUCGUGACGAAAUAAAAAGUAGCUUUCUUGUACAACCAAUUAUAAAUGCUUUGACCAAAUCCAGGAAUAUCUUCCAAAACAAAUUCUACAAAAUUUAUAAAAAGUGUUUGUUUUUUUUAUUGUUUUCUUGACAAUUUCUAUUUCUUGAUAAUUGUUAUUUCUUGAUAAUGAUAAUUUGUUGUCCAUUAUUAUUUAUUGUUGCUAAUUAUGUAUUUAUGAAUGUACUGACUAUGGGCCACAGUGACUUUAGCGACUAUUCACGAUUUACCAUGAUGUUGUUAACUGGGACUUGCAUACCCAUAGUUAUUUUAUUUUUAAGAUAUUUUUACCAAAUAAAAGAUUUAAUUUUACUAUGAUAAUUUUAUUUGUAAAAAUAUAUUAAUUUUUAUAAGUAAUAUUUAGUGAUAACUAAAGGAACAUAAUAAAUUAUUGUAGCGG